AUGAUUCUUCUCCUCCAUGACCUCCCCGAGCUUUGGUAUUCAUGGCGUCACCAAAUCGUGUCUUUAUCUUCCAUGGGUUACCGAGACGUUGCCCCGGACUUAAGAGGCUUUGGUGACUCGGAUGCCCCCGACACAGUGGCGAGUUACACUUGUUUCAACAUAGUCGGCGAUGUGGUUGAGCUGAUAAACUUGGUGGCUCCCGAUGAACGCAAGGUGUUUGUGGUGGGGCAUGACUGGGGAGCUUACAUGGCUUGGUACUUGCGGAUGUUUAGGCCUGGUAAAGUGAAAGCUGUGGUGAAUUUGAGUGUGUCGUUUAUUCGGCUUGGUCGGGAAAUCAACCCCCAUUGA